CAGGAGAUAGAUUAACAACAUAACCAGAGGUUAACCCGGUACAACACCAGGUGGGUUCUCUACCCCUUGAGGGUGCCUCUCCUGGUGCUGUAUACGACGAUGGGGCGAGGGCAGUGCUCGCUCUGGUUAGGCGAGGACUGAGCACAUCCCAUGGAUGUCGAUGCGGUCCCUCAUAAGCGCUCCAGCUGCCAUCAUGAAGGCGUAAUCCCUCUCCCCCCCCCCCUCUCUCUCUCUCUUCACGCUGUUGAGGUCAUUCGCUACUCCCGGCUUGUCUGCAUUUGUUCGCUUUAUAUCCACACUCGUUCUCUGUGCGUUAGCCUGUCGUUCGUCAGGCUUGAGGUAAUACCAGCUUCGCGUCAAGAAGCUCUCACUUUCGCUCUUUCGUGUUGUUUCCGCCGCCAGCUCGACCGAAUCAACCGUAUCACUCGUUUCAUUGGAAAACCUCAUCGUCACAACCGUCAACAUGCGUUUCUCAGCUGCCACUUUGGCCGGGUUGUUGGCCAUCGCCGACCACGCCUCGGCCGCGGGCCUACACGAGCUCGCCGUGAGGGCGGGUAAGAAGUAUUUCGGUACCGCCACGGACAACCCGGAGCUCUCCGACUCGGCCUACACGGCCAUCGUCAAGGACUCGGCCCUCUUUGGCCAAAUUACGCCCGGUAACGGACAGAAGUGGGACUACGUCGAGGCCAACCAGGGCGUUUUCACGUACGGCUAUGCCGAUGUCGUGCCCAACUUCGUCAAGAAGAACGGCCAGAUCCUGCGCUGCCACACGCUGCUCUACCGCGCCCAGACGCCCCAGUGGGUGACGAACGGCAAGUGGUCAAAGGCCCAGAUGACGGCCGUCAUAACGGCGCACAUCAACAACGUCGUGGGCCACUACAAGGGCCAGUGCUACUCGUGGGACGUGGUCAACGAGGCCAUCGACGACUCGGGCAACUACCGCCAGGACACGGCCUUUUACAAAGUCCUCGGCCUCGACUACAUCCCCCUGGCCUUCAACUUGGCCCGCGCUGCCGACUCGGCUGCUAAGCUGUACUACAACGACUACAACAUCGAGAUCGGCAACUCGAAGCAGCAGAAGACGCUGGAGCUUGUCAAGUACGUGCAGCAGGCCGGCGCGCCCAUCGACGGCGUCGGCUUGCAAGGCCACUUCAUCGUCGGUAGCAUGCCGAGCCAGGCCGAACUCGAGAGCGCCGCCAACCAGUUCACCGCCCUCGGCGUCGAGGUCGCCUACACCGAGUUCGACAUCAAGUUCACCAGCCUGCCGUACAACGCCGCCGGCCUCGAAUCCCAGGCCCAAGCCUACGUCAACGUCAUCAAGGCCUGCCUCAACGUCGAGGGCUGCGUCGGCUGGACCAUCUGGGACUGGACCGACAAGUACAGCUGGGUGCCCGGCACGUUCCCCGGCCAGGGCGGCGCGUGCCUCUGGGACAACGCCUUCAAGCCCAAGCCCGCCUACUACUCCGUGUCCUCCGCCCUCGCCGCCGCCGCCGCGACCCGUGCCCCCUCUUCCUCCUCCACUGCCCUGCCCACGACCACUUCCGCCGCCGUCGCCACGUCUCCGGCUAGCAGCGCUGCCGUUACUACCACCAAGGUUGCCACCAGCGCGGCAGCCGCUUCCGGCACCGAGGCCGCGUCCGUUGUCCUCCCCUCCAGCCAGGCCUCGAGCGGGACCGCUGUCCUCCCUACUGCCACCGCUGUUCCGUCUGGUGCCGUCACCCCGACGCCUUUCCUGCCUCCUAACCCCACGGCUCUUUUCCCUAACGGCACCGUGACCUUCACCCGCCCCGCCGGUCCCGCCUCCAGCGCCGCUGACGGUGUCUCCCCUGGUGUCUCCAGCGGUGCCGUUCCCAACGUCCCCGGUGGCGCCGCUUCCAGCGCACCCGCCGGCGCCGUUGGCGGCUCCGCGAGCGUCAUGCCCACGCAGCCUGCCGACGCGAACCCCACCACUCCUAUCGCCAACGGUGGCGGAGACGACGCGAGCCCGACCCCUUCGGCCGGAGGCGGCGCCGACGCCGCCGUCACUGCGCCGCCUAGCUACACCACCACCACCGUCUACGCGACCAACAUCUACACCAUCACCUCGUGCGCCGCCGACGUGCCCAACUGCCCGGGCAGGAUCGGAAGCGCCAUAACCGAGGUCAUCACCAUCACCACGACCGUCCCCUGCACGUCGACGGCGCCCACCGCCGGCGCUCCUCUCACCACGACCGCCGGCGCCGGCGUCUUCAUGCCCGGACGCCCGUUCGGCAACGACACCAUCCCGUUCGCCGUCGGACCCAAGCCGACCACGCUGACCUCCGUGACGCUCGGCACGGCCGCGCCCGCCGCGACGCCUUCGCGCGCACCUUGCAAGAAGCGCCGUCGUGCCAGGCGCCACGCCCUCAUUGCCACUCACGAGGCUUAAGAAACCCUCUUGGGGCCUUGUGGGCCAAGCACCGCAGCAUGCGGAGCUUCAGUGAGGGAGCGAUGUGAAUGGAUUGUGUUUCGCGUGUUUUUACUUAGCCUCCAAGUUUCUUUACAUACUAUCUAGUCCGUUUGGCUAGUACAUAAUAAAAUUUAUAAUGCCUUACCGAUGAAGGUACAUUUACUCAC